AUGAGAUCUGAAAAAAUUACAAUGGUGUCCAUCACGCCAACACGACGCAGUCUACUGAAGCCCCUUACAGGUGGAACGAGGGUUACCUCUAAGGUUACAUGUGUCAGCGAAAAGCAGACUGAAAACAAAUUUGAACUUUCAAAGAUUGGAUUCGUAAUACUAGCAGCACAAGGUAUUGAAGUGAACGUGAAGAGCGAGUGGAAAACCGAUCUAGGUUGGAAGGUGACUUGUGGUUGGGAAACCUUGUCCAAUGACACCUUACAGUCAGUACGACUUUACAACAACGGGCAGCAAUUCAUGAUCUAUAGACCAGAAAAACACGGUCCGUCAAAAUCGGAAGUAUUUCGCACGCCAGACCACACGAUGGAUGUAGACUGCACGGUCACAUCGGAACGGGGACAAUCCGGAAGAUGUAUUGUCACGUUGGAACCAUACCAACCACCUAUUUAUGAUUCCACCUACACCUGCGAAGUUUCGGGCGAGAGACCCAUGUUUCGCAUUGGGAAAAUGGACUAUGUACUUAAGUCUUUAGUGCCCCCAAGUAACGCUCAUUUGGAGGUAGUUCCAUCAGAGGACCUUGCAACUCCUCGGGUUAUGUUGAACUGUUCAUCUCAAGGAUUACCAGCCCCGUCUAUAUUCUGGACAGUUGGAGACGAAAAGGCACAAGCAGAUUUCACCCGUCGGGAAUGGAACGCAUCGUCCAAACUAUGGCAGACCUGGUCUUCCUUAACCUUCACAAAGACAAAACCUUCGAUGACGGUUGAAUGUUUACCAGAAAUUAAUCGAAGCAAUGAGACAUUCACAGGGAAACCCGCUGUGUACAACGCUGCUAGUUCCAAAGACAUAAACGCAAAUAUUUUCUUUGGAGCCAUUUUUAUAAUUUACCAUCGACUCAGUUGA